AGCAGCUCUAGCCACUAACUCUUUGUUAACAGGCCGUGGGGCAACUAUGCUCGACUGCGAGUAUGGCUGCCAAUCUGGCCCAGUGUCAGAUUCUGGUGCGCAAAGCCGUUGCUGCUGGAGCUAAAGCGCUGUUUCUUCCUGAAGCGACAGACUAUAUAGGUUCCUCACCAGCAGAGACAAUCUCACUUGCGCGCUCUGUGCAUGAUAGUGAAUUUGUGCUGGGUCUACAGAAUGAGGCCAUGCAGUCUAAUUUACACAUAAACGUCGGCAUUCAUGAACCAUCCACGGAUGGUAGAGUAAAGAACACUCUUAUCUGGAUUAAUGACAAGGGCAUUAUUACGCAGCGCUACCAGAAAAUUCAUCUAUUUGAUGUAGAGCUCGAAGGUGGUCCCGUACUGAAGGAAAGCGCGAGUGUCGAGAAAGGAAUGGAAAUUCUACCUCCAUUCAAAACUCCCGUUGGACGUGUCGGCUUAGCCAUAUGUUUCGAUCUGCGUUUCCCCGAAAUUAGCCUGGCUUUGAAGCGUCAAAAUGCCCAGCUUAUCACUUAUCCUUCAGCAUUCACGGUUCCCACGGGAAAGGCCCAUUGGGAAACACUACUACGGGCCAGAGCUAUUGAAACUCAGUCAUAUGUGAUAGCAGCGGCGCAAGCGGGCCCUCACAAUGCGAAAAGAAGGAGCUAUGGCCAUUCGAUGAUUGUGAACCCUUGGGGAGAGGUCGUAGCCCAACUUGGCGACGAAUAUACAGAACCGCAAAUCGCCUUCGCGGAUAUUGAUCUGGACCUUCUAGCGAAGGUCAGGAGAGAAAUACCACUUCUCAGAAGAACAGACAUAUAUCCAGAGGUAUAAUGACCUGGCCCGAGGUAGUGGGAACUGGGCCGG